UCCCUCCACUGAAGUUUCGUUUUUUUUCUUUGAACACUCAAAUACUGAAAGUCUGAAACAGCUCGAAAGAAGAAAAAUGGCAUGUUUUUGUAGUAUCCAAUUGCUCCCUUUCGCUAAAUCACUCACUCUCCUUUCUCCCAUUUCCACACUUUCCUCUCUUCCUCUUCGACCUAUUCGUUCUAAUUUCUCUCCUCCGCCGGUUUCCUCCCUCCCUUCUCCGUUUAUCUGCCGCUGCACCUCUGCCACUUCUCCGCCUCCUCACUCCGACGGAUUCAUAGGUUUUCUAGACGACGAAGAAGAAGAAGCUGCGGCGGCGGGGGAGGAGGAGGAGGAGGAAGACGAAGAAGAAUUGUAUGAGGACGAUGAUUUGGACAUGGAAGCACUUGAAUCCGAAGCCAAAGAUGCCGUUCGUAGCUAUUCGACUUCCUUAUCUCGCCAAUUAACCAUUGAGGACGAGACAGAUGAUCUGAAGGGGUUUAAAGGAAAGCAGAAGAGGCGUAAAGGUGCUACCAAAACUAUUCCUGACCAUCUUCUUCCAAAAGUCACAAUAGUUGGAAGGCCAAAUGUUGGGAAAUCAGCAUUAUUUAAUCGCCUUGUGGGGGGAAACAGGGCGAUUGUGGUGGAUGAACCUGGGGUUACCCGGGAUCGGUUGUAUGGUAGAUCUUUCUGGGGAGAUCAUGAAUUUGUGGUGGUUGAUACUGGAGGAGUUCUAAAUGUGUCAAAGUCACAGGCUAAUGUAAUGGAAGACUUGGCUAUUUCAACAACUAUUGGCAUGGAUGGGAUUUCAUUACUCUCUAGAGAGGCAGCUGUUGCAAGGAUGCCUUCUAUGAUUGAACGGCAAGCUACUGCAGCUGUUGAAGAAGCAUCUGUCAUUAUAUUCCUUGUAGAUGGGCAGGCUGGUCUAACGGCAGCUGAUGUGGAGAUUGCAGACUGGCUUCGAAAGAGCUACUCAAGUAAAUAUAUUGUCCUUGCAGUGAAUAAGUGUGAAUCUCCACGGAAAGGAGUCAUGCAAGCGUCAGAGUUUUGGUCAUUGGGGUUCUCUCCGAUUCCUAUUUCUGCUUUAUCUGGGACUGGAACUGGGGAGCUUCUUGAUCUUGUUUGUUCAGGGCUUAAAAAGACUGAGGAUGUAGAAAAUAUGGACGAGGAAGAGAAUUAUGUCCCCUCGAUUGCAAUUGUUGGUCGACCAAAUGUUGGUAAAAGCAGCAUUCUAAAUUCUUUGCUUGGGGAGGAUAGAACAAUUGUGAGCCCCAUCAGUGGUACCACUCGUGAUGCAAUUGAUACAGAAUUUGUUGGACCUGAUGGCCAGAAGUUCCGGCUUAUCGAUACUGCUGGGAUCAGAAGAAGGGCAUCUGUAGCUUCAUCGGGUAGUACCACUGAGGCUUUAUCAGUGAACAGAGCAUUCCGUGCCAUCCGUCGGUCUGAUGUCGUUGCUCUAGUCAUUGAGGCCAUGGCUUGCAUAACUGAACAGGAUACUAGAAUUGCUGAGAGAAUAGAGAAAGAAGGAAAGGGUUGUCUGAUUGUUGUAAACAAAUGGGAUACAAUACCAAAUAAAAACCAGCAAACUGCAACAUACUACGAGCAAGAUGUUAGAGAGAAGAUGCGCAUGCUUGAUUGGGCUCCCAUUGUUUAUUCUACUGCAAUCACCGGUCAGAGUGUUGAAAAGGUAAUUGUUGCAGCUAGCACAGUUGAAAAGGAGAGAGCAAGAAGACUUAGCACGGCAAUAUUGAAUCAAGUGAUUCGGGAAGCAAUAGCAUUCAAACCCCCUCCUAGGACACGAGGUGGCAAGAGAGGACGUGUUUAUUAUUGCACACAGGCAGCUAUUAGGCCACCUACAUUUGUUUUCUUCGUCAAUGAUGCAAAACUAUUUCCGGAGACCUACCGACGUUAUAUGGAGAAGCAACUUCGCUCAGAUGCUGGGUUCGCUGGUACUCCUAUCCGACUUCUUUGGCGAAGUAGAAGAAAAGUGGAAAAAGACGAAGGUAAGGCCGCAACAAGAACAAGAUCGAAUCUCUCUCCACGUGAAGGAAACGUAGCAUUAACAACAUGAACCGGUGUAUUAUAUUCUUCCUCUCAAACAUAAACAGGGUUUUCCUUCAAUCUAUUCGAGAGCUUUGUUCGAAGAAGUUAUCGGAGGGCAUCUAAAUCCGUUUGCCUCUAUGGCAGCAAUAAGAGAUAGUCUCAACUCUCAACUCCCCCAUGAGUUUCCAAACUUGAAUGCAGAGCUGAAUACCCGCUGGUAUUUACAUCCAGAUUUUGUUGUAAAUCUUAUAUAAACAAUAUUUUAAAAGCUAAGUGAUUAUGAGAUUGUUGUGGUCAAUUGUUAUUGUUUUCAUGAGUUAGCUUUGUUGCUAUACAUUAUUCACUAUUUUGCAUAUAUUUCAUUACGAAAGAAUGCGACGGUACAAUACGUAGUUAACAAGCA